AUGGCAUAUAGUACUCUGCCCACCAUUCCUCUGAUCGUCUUUGCGGUCAUCGAGCCAGCGUUAUUCCUGCUGGUGAUUGAUCUUCACAUUACUAAUUGUCUCUGUUCUAGAGUCUGGGCCUGGAUCGUGUGCAACCAAGAUCCUUUUAACUACUAUGCCACGCAGGUUCCAAACCACACCCUCAAUGAACAGGAUCACUUCCCGGGACAGGCUCUGGCCCUCUCGCUUCAGAUGGGCAAUGUCCUCCUGCUUCUCGCUGCCAUGGCUGUCAUCUGCUGUUUCUCGUCUAGUCCAUCCACAGCCAAAUGGUAUCUGGUAGCCGUUGCUUUCGCAGACUACGGGCACAUAUACGGAGCAGCCCGCGGCGUGGGACCAGAUGUAUUUUGGGAUCCCAGCCAGUGGAAUGAUAUGGUCUGGGGCGGUGUGGCCGGCAGUGCAAUUUUGAACCUCUUCAGGUGGCUGACUGUCUUGGGUGUGUUUGGACCGAUCGGUGGAAAUGCUGCCCUGCAGACCAAGUCUGGGAAGAAGCACGCCUGAAGAGCCGCGCGGCGGACCCCCCUUGAUCUUGACGGGAAUAGGCUGGAUGAAUGGAUCUGCGGUACGAGGUAUGGGCUAUGUGUUGAGGUUGUGAUGAUAGUGUACAUGGUGUGCUGGGCAAUGGAUGUGUCAUGCUCUGGGAGGAGAGUGGCCAAAUUUUUGUGAGUGUCUGGUGAAAUUACACGGAUACAGAACUUACUCGCUGCGUGCUUGUUGACGUUCGACUUCCUUCUUGGUCUACCAUCAAUACAUCUUGACUAUAGU